CCUCGCGCGAGACGUCAGCGACGACGUCCGCCGCGCGCCGCUACCGCUACGUCCUAGCGCUAGCGCGGCAGCUCGUGUCGCGGUGGAAAACGCCCACUUCGCCACCGCUCGCGCGCGCACGCCCACGCCGCUCCUCCCCUCCCCUCCCCCGCCUCCGUAUAAAGCCGCGCCCGCGCCGCGCACGCCGGCCGGCCACCGAGGACGAGCUAGAGCGCGCGCGCCGCCGCGAAACAUUAGCUAUAGCUAGCUAGAUAUAGCCGGCCGGCGAUCGAGGAGAUCGAUCGAUCGAACGCCGCCGCGCGCGCGCGGUCAUGACGCCGGCGAGGGUGGUGUUCAUCUGCUGCGUUGUUCUGCUCGCCGCCGCCGCCGCGGCGGCGUCGUCGUCGACGGCGGCGGGGAUCACCAGGGCCGACUUCCCGCCGGAGUUCAUCUUCGGCGCCGGCUCCUCCGCUUAUCAGGUUGAAGGUGCAUUUGCAGAGGAUGGAAGAAAGCCUAGUAUCUGGGACACGUUUUCGCACUCAGGCUAUUCUGUUGAUGGAGCAACCGGUGAUGUAACUGCAGAUCAGUAUCAUAAGUACAAGGAAGAUGUAAAGCUUUUGCAAGACAUGGGCGUUGACGCGUACAGGAUGUCCAUUUCUUGGUCUCGGCUUAUUCCUGAUGGGCGAGGAGCUGUCAAUCCGAAGGGACUGGAAUACUAUAACAACCUGAUUGAUGAACUUCUGAGCCAUGGAAUCCAACCUCACGUAACGAUAUAUCAUUUCGAUUUUCCUCAGGCUCUCCAAGAUGAAUACAAUGGGAUACUUAGUCCUAGAUUUGUAGAGGACUUCACAGCAUACGCGGAUGUCUGCUUCAAGAACUUUGGUGAUAGAGUGAAGCACUGGAGCACUGUCAAUGAGCCUAACAUCGAGCCGAUUGGCGGAUACGAUCAAGGAAUCCUUCCGCCACGGCGAUGCUCAUUCCCCUUUGGUGUCCUCAGUUGUGACAAUGGCAACUCUACCACAGAGCCAUACAUAGUAGCACAUCAUCUUCUUCUUGCACAUUCCUCAGCAGUGUCCCUCUACAGAGAGAAGUACCAGGCCACUCAAGGAGGACAAAUUGGGCUCACAUUGCUCGGUUGGUGGUACGAGCCCGGGACGCAAGAUCCUGAAGAUGUAGCAGCAGCUGCAAGGAUGAAUGAUUUCCACAUUGGAUGGUACAUGCAUCCUUUGGUGUACGGUGACUACCCUCCGGUAAUGAGGAAGAAUGUUGGGUCCAGGCUACCAUCUUUCACAGCUGAAGAAUCAAAGAGAGUACUUGAAUCCUAUGAUUUUGUCGGAUUUAACCACUAUGUCGCCAUUUUUGUGAGAGCCGACCUUAGCAAACUUGAUCAGAGCCUCAGAGAUUACAUGGGCGAUGCAGCUGUCAAAUAUGACCUCCCAUUCCUGAAAUCAAAUAAUGAGUUCCCACUCGGGUUGACGAGUGACUUCAUGACGUCGACCCCAUGGGCUCUGAAGAAGAUGCUCAAUCAUCUCCAAGAGAAGUACAAGAACCCUAUUGUCAUGAUCCAUGAGAAUGGAGCCGCUGGGCAGCCUGACCCUUCAGGCGGAAACACCUACGACGACGAUUUCAGGUCGCAAUAUCUGCAGGAUUACAUCGAGGCCACACUUCAAUCCAUCAGGAACGGGUCGAACGUGCAGGGCUACUUCGUGUGGUCGUUCCUGGACGUGUUCGAGUACCUGUUCGGCUACCGCCUCCGCUUCGGCCUCUACGGCGUCGACUUCGCCUCGCCGGAGAGGACCAGGUACCAGAGGCACUCGGCGCGGUGGUACGCCGGCUUCCUCCGCGGCGGCGAGCUCCGGCCGGCGGCGGCGGCGCUGGCCGGCGGCGGAGCCUACUCCCAGUGAUCAAGGUUCUUCUUCCUCGCACGCUUUCAUCUCGCGAAGAACAGGACAGGACGGGACAAUAAAAUUUACCUGGAUAGAUACAGAAGAAUUAUACAGUUCAUAUGGAAGUUGAUCUUUUGAAUAGGGUCUUAGAAUGAAUGGUCUCUCUUCUUCCCCUGGUUUUUGGUUCUUCUGUUUACAGACCAAUGAUGGGUCAAUGUCAGUCAAAUUGUGUGAUUUAGAUCAAUGGGUCAAAGUGUAUGAUGUGAUUGUGUAAUUGUGUCGAUUAUAUAUAAAAUUUUGAAGUCUCUCGUAGUUUGAAUU